AAGACGCUUCGAUUGGUCGCUCGGGAAGCGAGGGGCAGGACCUCAACCGGAGACUGCGAGGAGGGCGCGCGCGCAGCCCCUGCUCGGCGGUUGGGCGGCGGUUACGGCGGUUGCGAGCGGAGCGGAGGCGGGCCCGCCUUAGCCGCUUCCUGCGCCGCGCCGCGCCCCUUCCGCCCGAGCCGCUCUCCCUCCGCCUGGCUGCGCCCGUUGUCAGGGCGGCGGCCGGCCGGCGCGAUGUCAGACAAGGAGUUCAUGUGGGCCCUCAAGAACGGCGACCUGGACGAGGUGAAGGGCUACGUCGCCAAGGGUGAAGAUGUGAAUCGGACACUGGAAGGUGGGCGGAAACCUCUUCACUACGCGGCCGACUGUGGACAGCUUGAGAUCAUGGAGUUCCUUCUGCUGAAAGGGGCUGAUAUUAAUGCUCCAGACAAACACAGUAUCACUCCACUCCUUUCAGCCGUCUAUGAAGACCAUGUGUCUUGUGUGAAGCUGCUCCUGACAAAGGGUGCUGAUAAGACUGUCAGAGGGCCAGAUGGACUAACUGCCUUGGAAGCCACCGACAAUCAGGCCAUCAAGGCUCUCCUCCAGUGAUGAACGGACUGAGAUCUCGCGUCUCUCCUGUGGCCUCACACUGCUGCCUGUCUGUCACUCUUUGUAUCUUCUAGCUUCUUCCACUAAGGAUGGGGGGGAGGGAAAACCAUCACAGCACAUCCACUUUUGUUAGGGUUCCUCUGAAAAAGAGAGAAUCCAUCUGGUGAGAGUAGAAAUCCAUGUAACUGGUGUCUCCUUAGGACUGCUGUUUUUUAAGGCACCCUUUCCUCCUCAUACAAGUGAGACUGAACAUCUGCCAGGAAAAGGGGAAGAAUGUGAUCUGAAAGGCGGCCUAUACACUUUUCUAAUUCUCCUCUGAGAAAUUUUUCAAAUGGAAGCACUAUUCCGUGCUUUCUUGCUUUAUUAAGGCAGUGAAAACCCAGUGCUUUUAUACCUUCAUUUCAAAUCAAGGCAGUUGGGGCAGCUUCAGUAGAACUGGGCCUUAGAUAAACCUUGAAAUACCAACAUUUGUUAAUAAUGUCCCAAUAUUUAAUAAUUGGAUGCUGUAUUAACUCUUGACUGUUUUAGCAAAGAACACACUGAAGAAUCAUGUGUGUGUUCCGCUACCCAAGACUUUAUACUCGAGAAGCAGCCAGGUUAGCACGUGGUGCCUCAUCCUGGGAAAAAUAAUGCUCUUGUAAGGUCUCCGAUUGGAUAUUCCUUACUUCUGCAUCAUAAAAGAUACUGAAACAAAGAGGCGGCUCCAGACUCAUUGGCGCUAGAGGAUGCUUGCUUUGCCCUUUGGUUUAGAAGGAAAUGUCUUAAUUAGUAAGCAGAAGUGGCUCUCAGUCCUUGGGGCUGCUACCGUUCUUUUAAAGAGAGCUGGAAUAUUCUUUCUCCAGCUACAUCCUCACCACAUUGAUCUUAGCUGUGCUGCAUGCACCUUUGGGAUGAGAGUCGAUUCACUGUUUUAGCACUGUAUUCAAAAAACCAAAAAAAACCCCACAGCACAACAGGUCUCAGCGGACUGGUAUCGGCUGCAGUUAGUGCCCAAUAAAGGAGGUUGGUUUAUACGGGUCCCUUCACUGCCAUAUUGCAAGGUAGCUUUCUAGGGACACUCAUUUGUUAGGUUUCAUGUUAGGCUAAGGUUUGGUUGGCUUGGAGUUGCCAGUAGAAAGAAAGCUUGGAUGCUCUUGCUCAAAGACGUGGAUAAAAUUUGUGCCGCAUUAACCUCAUUAAGAGCUGCCCUGGCUUCACAUUAAGAGCUGCGAUAGCCUCCAAGGUACAUGCAGUCAGGUUUUGUAUACAUAUUUAUAGCGCCGAGUGUACCUUUUCGUAUUUUUAAAGCAUUUAACUUUCAGAAAAAAAUCAAGCAAUUGAUUCACCAUUCUAAAAAAAAGUGAGACUAUUAUCUGAAAAGUCUUUGUGAUCCCUGUGGAAUUGGAAGCUAGUACCACAAUUCAAAUUGUGCUUUGUUUCUCUUUCUCUUCUGGGUAGUAGACUUGCGGUGGUUGAAGCUAACGAUCCAAAUACCAAACCUCUGGCAACAAUAUACAGUCACUUUCAGAUUCCAGUUUAAACUCAAUGUCUUUCUGCUCCCGUUUGUACAGGCGUCGCUUUGCUAACGUAGUUUUUGUUCUUGAACGCAAAUGCUAAAUGAGUGGAUAGACGGAUAGAAGAAGCUGUUGAGAGUGGACUGUCCUCAGUCGAGCAGUUGCCACGUUGCAUGCGACCCCCCCCCCCCCGCCUCCACAGAACAGUCUUCUGUUUUAUACAUGAAGAAACGUCAUAUCUUUCUACCCAAUGAGGGAUGCAAAAGAGUGUUUUGUUCAUUUUGACAUUUGAUCUUCUUCCAGGACAGUUCACUAUUUCCCCAACGUUGGGCUUAUUAUUAUCAUGGUUCACACACCUUCGAACGCUAAAGAAUGCUGUGUUUUAAGUUUGUGUUGCGAGAAUGAAUGGAAUAAACUUGAACUGUGUUCUG